AGCAUUACACCUGAAGCAUGAUGGAAUUUCUAGCACAGGGGUGAAUUCAACGAGUGAAACUCUGAGGGUGUUCGAUUAAUCUAGCCCCGGCGCCCGUGUUUUGCAUUGGCUGAAAGUUGAUUGCAUUCGAUUUGGAACCGGGCUGCCUCCCAUGCAUGAGCCAAGUGCCCCGUUCAAUGCUCACGGCGAAAUCACCUCAAACACGUAAUUAAGAACGUGUAGUAAUUAGUCGGAUCCUGUGUUUUCCCAUGCAGAGGUGAUUGCUUUCGAUUACUGUUCGAUUUGAGAAAGGCAUUCCCAUCCUUGAUGCUUUCGCCCGAUGACGUGAAGGGCCUUUGCCUGGUGCUCGGUGGCACAGCAUAAUCGAAUCCGCUCAUUCAGAACAUUAUAGAUACAAAUGCUGAUGUCUGGAACGCCAUCUGAUUGGUGGCGCUUGUUACCAUGGUCCUGCGUAAAACAGAAGUUGUGAUUUAUUUACAGAGGCAAUUGCUUGCGGUUCCCACAUUUUCCUGCUAUCCUAAACAGCUUCAGACUGUUGCUGGCGACGGUAACGUUACUUUAUGGCUUUCUUCGGGAUAACGAAUUUGGGCUAUCAAAACCCCAUCGGAGACAAUAUGUUAUUGAGUCCGAGAUCGUCUGCUUCUCCCGGUGAUGAGGUGGAUUCAAGGAGCUGGGCUAAACAGUCAGGACUGCCCUCCAUCCAAGUCCAGAGGGGACCCCCAAAAUGCACUGAUACCGGCAGUAUCUACAACCAGCCUCCUCCCUUCAGCCAAGACAUACACCAAGGGAGCCAGGGGCGAUAUAGAGAGAUGCUCAAACGGGUUCAGAUACCAAGAUCCCCGAAUCAGCUGUACUCCGUGCCCCUGACAGACAGCCAUCAGUGUGGAUGGUGGAUGUCUAAUGGAGGCCAAGGAAAGAUGCAUGCACCCUGGACCCAAGUCAGACGAUUCCCCCGCAAGAACAGUGAGAUGACCAAGUUUGUGAAAGAGAUGUCAAUGACGGACCGAGAGUUCAGUUUAUUCUGAUUUCCACUCCUGCAGUAACAUACACACACAUACAAUCCCAUCCAAAGACCUCUGGGACCUUUACACUGGAAGGACUAUUGUGGUUUAAUAAACUGAGACAUUUUCAUCAUA